AUGGAGGAAAGUAAACUGAGUUUAGCAAUGGGAGGAAAGCCAAAAACUUCUGAAGAGAAGCAUGGAGCAAUGAUAAGUGAGGAGGAGAAAAAGAUAUUAGAGGCUUUUCAUAAAUUGCCGAUCAAGCCAAAGAAGUUGGAUGAUCCUGAUGAUUUAUUAGCAUUUAUGGAAGAUGUGAAGACUUUGAAGUUGAGCUCUGGAGUUGAUUCCGACACACUGAAGAUGAAAGGAAGCUAUCACUUUCCAAAAGUCUCAAGUUUUUACGGAGAAGACAACAAGGGAGAUGUGACGUGGGAGACCUUCAAGUUUGAGAUUUCAGCAUUGAUUGCCGAUAAGUUCUUUUCUGAGGAACAAAUUCUUCUUGGAGUUAGAAGAGCUGUGAAGGGCAAUGCCAGUGAUGUGGUACGAAGACUCGGGACAGGCGUUGGUAUUAUGGAAGUGAUGAACAAAUUAGAGAGCACAUUUGGAAAUAUAGAGACCAGAGAAAGUAUACUUAGGAAAUUCUACUCAACAAAACAACAGAAUAAUGAAUCAGUAAUUAACUAUGAGUCAAGAUUGGAGGAUAUUUUUACCCAAGCAGUCAACCUGAAAGGACUUAAGAAAUCAGAUGAUGAUAUUUUGAAGCAAGUACAGGGACUUAAACCGGAUAUUAAACAUCUCGCUUCAUAUAAAUGUGAAUCCGUUGAUGACUACGACAAAUUCAAGAUUGAGCUGAGGAAAAUUGAAGCAGAAUUGAAGUCUGAAACAGAGAGUAACACCAGGAAAUGUAAUGCUGUCAUCAAUGUAGACAAGAAAGAAUCAUCAGAAAUGUCGGAAGUAAAACAACUCUUAGAGAAACUGAACAAAAGAAUAGAUGAUCUGGAAAAGGAGAAGAAAAACAACACUUACGUACCACAGCCAAGAGGUUAUUAUAGAGGACAAUACAGCUAUAGAGGUUUUAGAGGAGGAUACCAACAACAAGCAUAUAAUAGAGGUAGAGGAGAGACGAGACCAACAAGACCGACUGCAACUGGAACAUUUCAGCCAACAUGCUAUACAUGUAACCAGAAGGGACAUUUGGCUCGGAACUGUCCAUCCUAUUCACAGCCUACAUGUUACCACUGUAAUGAGAAGGGACAUAUUGCGAGGAAUUGCCCAAAAGAGUUAGUGCACUAG